AUGGUACAAAGUAGAAUAUUUGCGCGGAAUCGAGCGCUCGGAUAUGUUAGUAAUCAUGUACCUGUUGUUACGAGGUACAUUAUCAGAAGAAAGGAGCAUUUUAUCGUCACAUGUGUAGGUAAAGCGUUCCACACUUACAGUUGUAAACACUUUACUCUUCUGAGUGUCUCACGUCUGCAUGUUGAUGAUAUCACUUGCUUGGCUACGGAUACAUUUCACGUAUACACGGCUAGUGCGAAUAACAUUUACGCGUGGCGUAGAGGAACUGAAUUGAAACAUACCUACAAAGGUCAUGACUGUACAGUCCAUAUUCUGUUACCAUUCGGCGCACAUUUGCUCUCUGUCGACGAGAACAGCACCGUUAAGGUCUGGGACAUAAAAGAGGAAAAUCUUUUGCUGGAGUUGAAUUUCAGCAAUAACAUUUUCAAGAUAACUGCGCUGAUGCAUCCUAACACCUAUAUGAACAAGAUUCUGCUGGGCAGCGAACAGGGCCAGUUACAGCUCUGGAAUAUCAAAAUAACUAAGAUGAUCUAUACAUUCAAAGGAUGGCAGAGUAGCGUGAUUGUGUUGGAGCAAGCGCCUGCGAUAGAUGUGGCUGCUAUAGGUUUGAAUAAUGGCCAUAUUAUUUUGCACAAUCUCAAGUAUGAUGAAACCAUCUUUGAUCUAGUACAAGAUUGGGGUCCAGUGAUAUCUAUCAGCUUUCGUACGGAUGGUCACCCUAUCAUGGCAACAGGCAGUUUAGGUGGACAGAUUGUGUUCUGGAAUUUAGAGCAGCAAAUGGUAGAGAGCCAGCUCUGUAAUGCACAUGAUGCUGCUGUCACAGGUUUGAGAUACAUACCUAAUGAACCAUUAUUGGUUUCAUCUUCACCUGACAAUUCUCUAAAACUAUGGAUAUUUGAUAUGAUCGACGGAGCUGGUAGACUCUUGAGGAUUAGAGAAGGCCAUGCUGAACCUCCAACGAUUGUUCGAUUUUAUGGAAAUGAUGGUAAUUACAUGUUGACCACAGGCGGUGAUUCUUCUCUUCGCAUGUUUUCUACUGUCACAGAAAUACUGAACAAGAGUUUAGGUAGAGCCUCAUUUAACAGAAAAGCUUCUAAAAAAAAGGGUCUAUCAGUUGAUGAUCCAAUGUUAAUGCCACCAGUGACUGUACUUGCAUCUGAAGUAACACGAGAAAAGGAAUGGUGCAAUAUAGCAGCAGCUCAUUCUGGUUUGGGUAUGGUCACUACGUGGUCAUCUCACCUUCAGAAGAUGGGUGACCUGAAGUUACUUCCCGAAAGAUUUAAAAACAAUUACAAUGCUAUUGCGACUAGUUUAUGUUUAACAAGAUGUGGAAACUUUGUUGUAAUCGGUUAUAACACAGGUCAUGUUGAUAGAUUUAACAUUCAAUCAGGAAUACAUAGAGCAUCUUAUGGAAAUGAGAAUGGCGCUCAUAAAGGUCCUGUUAAGGGUGUUAUGAUUGACGACUUAAAUAAAACUCUUAUUACAGCUGGCAAAGACGCAAAAAUUAAGUUCUGGGAUUUUAAACCUAGAAAAGAUAUAAUUAUGGCAAGAACGAUAUUAGAAAUACAAGAAUCAAUUGAAUGGAUACGUUGUCACAAUGAGAGUUCUCUUGUGGCUAUAGCUUUAGAAAAUUUUGAUAUUAUUUUAAUGGAUCUGGACACAAGGAAAAUAGUUCGACACUUUCAAGGACACGAAGGACGAAUAACAGAUGCAUGUUUUAAUCCUGAUUCUAGGUGGUUAAUCACAGCAUCAAUGGAUUGUACUAUCCGAACGUGGGACAUAUCAUCAUCACACUUAAUAGAUAUUUUUCAGGUUCCCGAAGCUUGCAUAUCUUUAAGUUUCUCUCCAACGGCAGAAUUUCUUGCGACCGUGCAUGUACAUAACAUAGGAAUCUUCUUAUGGUCGAAUCGUAUGCUGUAUUCGCAUGUGUCGCUAAAGGCCAUUAAUAAAGACGAUAUGAUACCUGAGGUAGGACUUCCUGGAUCUUCUGUAGAAGCCGAGAAAGUCGAUGAAGAUGAUGUUAUCAAAGAGCCUGAUUAUGUGUCUCCUGAUCAGCUAGAUAGCGAUCUUAUAACCAUGUCCGCCGUGGCCCAAUCCAGAUGGCAGAAUUUACUCGAUAUCGAUAUCAUUAAAAAAAGAAAUAAACCGAAACAGCCGCCUAAAGUUCCAGAAACUGCGCCGUUUUUCUUACCUACGAUUCCAUCGUUGCAACUGCGCUUCGAUUUUUCGAACGUUGAAACCAAUAAGAACACUGAAACUACCCUUGUUCAUCCAGCCUUACAAAAUCUCACUUCGUUCAACAAGAGUCUGCAAUCAGUCAAUACUAACGAUUUUUCAGACGUAAUAGAGAAAUUGAAGGCAAUGGGUCCCAGCAACAUUGAUUUCGAAAUUCAAUCGUUGUCUUUAGACGAGAGUUCUGCCGAACUGUCAAUGAUACAAUUUAUGCAAAUGCUUCUUUGUAUGAUGGAACGACAGACAGAUUUUGAAUUAUCACAAGCGUAUUUGGCAGUAUUUUUAAAGUGGCAUGGUACAGCAAUUUCUGAGAACAAUACAUUACGAAAUUAUCUACGGAAAAUCCAGAAGGCACAAACGAAAAAUUGGCUAACACUACAAGAGAAAUUAUUUUAUAAUUUAAGUAUUGUACAAAAUAUUAAAAAAAUGUAA